UAUUCCAUUUCCUGGAAAUAUAAAAGUAUGUAAUAAUGUGGGACAGUCUAAGCUGCAGCAAUAUUGAUACAAUGAAAACUCCAACAUUUUUGGAACACUCAACUCUGUGUAUGUCAGCGACCCGACUGCCAUGGCAGCACAAAAGCUGCCAUGGCAGCGAAACAAAGCGGACGCACCACUGAAAACGUUGACAUGGCAGCAGGCCAGCUCGACUCAAGCAGCCAAACAGGAGAUACGUCGGGUGAGAUUGGGUCAAUGCUGUCACGAUGGCAGCUACCACACCCUCGACCACUACUCAGGGGAAAUCCCGAGUGCCUUAAUGGAGAUGCCAAUGCUAGAAUCAGACAAUACUACUGCACCAAAGGUCUUCUUUGAGCUGCCUGUUUGGAACAAGAACAAAUUUAUGCAAUACCUCACACCCAGUGCUUUUCCUAAAGUGCUUAAUCUAGCCAUGAAUAAUUUCACUGGUGUGAUCCCGGAGGAGAUUGGUCAGUUACAAGGACUCUUUUCACUCAACUUGAGCUCCAACAGAUUAUCUGGAGAGAUACCAGAACAGAUCUGCAUCCUCACGAACCUGCAGAUGCUCGACUUGUCUGGUAAUCAUCUCACUGGUAAGAUUCCAGCUGCAUUGAACAAUCUGCACUUCCUCUCCAGAUUCAACAUUUCUAAUAAUGACCUGGAAGGCACUAUUCCAAACGUGGGCCAGUUUAGCACGUUUCUGGAUUCUAGCUUUGGUGGAAACCCAAAACUUUGUGGCCCUAUGGUUGCAAACAAUUGUGGUUCGGCAGAAGCAAGUCCAGUUUCCAUUGACCCCAGAAAACAGAUUGGUAGUGAGGCCACCAUCUUUAUGACUGCCUUCGGUGUUUUCUUUGUAGUAGGAGUCCUAUAUGAUCAGAAAGUCUUAGCUAGACAUUUUGGCUAAACCAUGUAACCGUUAUUACCGCUCACAAAUGGUUAAUAUUUAUAAAUAUUGAGUUUAGAAAAUAAGAACAUUUGACUCUGCAGUCCAGCAAAGAGAAUCUACAGGGAAAGCACACAAGAGGCGCUCCGAUGAUAUCUUAUCACAAAAAUGUCAUUUUUCGUCUCCUUUGUAGCCUCUCCUGCCUAAAGCUGAUUAGGUAAAGAACAUUUCUUUCCAUUCUCUCCUAGCUAAAGCUGAUUUAGUAAGAAUACUUCUCUUUAGUGAUAACCAGAAAUAAAUCUUGAUUUUCAGAUGUUUAAAUUGACAUGUGUAAAG